AUGCCUAACAAUCCAGAAUGGGUCAAGGCCCUCAAACCCUCCGGCCCUCAGGGUUCUGAGCUGCUCUCACAAGAGAGAGCAAAAUCCAAUCUCAAUGUCGAUCAGCUCGCCGACUUCAUGUUCACGCGGGAAAUUCUCGAGAGGAACGAACGUAUUCUCAAGAUCCUGCAAGCCGAUCCCGUCUUCGACAAAUCACAAAACUACUUUCGAGGAAGAAUCAGCCGGAUAGAAGCUGCGUUGGCAAGGGGAAAGAGACUGCAACAGCUGCAGGUCAAAUACAAGUGGACAAGAGAUGAAUACCAGACCGCCAGCGACCUCAUCAGCGAGCCUACCCCCUACGGCCUCCAUUCGAGCAUGUUCAUUGUCACCCUCCGCGAGCAGGGUACUCCAGAUCAGCACAAGCUCUUUCUCGAGAAGGCGGAGGCAUAUAAGAUCAUUGGCUGCUAUGCCCAGACUGAACUCGGUCACGGGUCGAACGUCAGAGGAUUGGAAACCACUGCUAUCUGGAACUCGGACGACAAGACCUUCACAAUCAACUCGCCGUACCUCACGGCCUCCAAAUGGUGGAUUGGUUCUCUGGGAAGAACCGCCAACCAUGCCAUUGUCAUGGCCCAGCUCUUCGUCGACGGCAAAGCCUACGGUCCUCAUCCUUUUGUCGUCCAAGUCAGAGAUAUGAAGACUCAUGAGCCCCUACCCGGCGUCCAUGUUGGCGACAUUGGCCCUAAAUUUGGAUACAAUACGAUGGACAACGGGUUCCUACUGUUCAAAAAUGUCAAAAUUCCUCACGUCAACAUGCUGGCUCGUUUCUCUAGCGUCGAUCCCAAUACCAACAAAUACGUCCGACCUUCGAAUCCCUCUCUUGUCUACGGCACCCUCACCUUCGUUCGAAGCACCAUCGUCUUGCAAGCGGGCUCUACCCUUGCCCGUGGCGUGACGAUUGCCACUCGUUAUUGUGCCGUCCGACGACAAUUCCAAGAUCGGGACGUCCACGAGCCCGGUGAAAACCAGGUCCUCAACUAUACCAUGGUCCAGAUUCGACUGCUUCCGUUGCUCGCUGCAACCUAUGCCCUCCACUUCACGGGUAAGAGCAUGAUCAGACUGUACCAGGAAAACCAGAAACGCAUGAGCGCCGGCGACGCGGGUAAAUUGUCCGACUCGACUCGCGGACCAGGACCCGAGGAGCUCAAUCCAGGCACCGAUCUUCUGGCCGAUUUGCACUCCACAAGUUGUGCACUGAAAGCCUACGGCUCGACCACCGCCGCAGAAGGCCUGGAGGUCUGUCGCCGUGCCUGCGGCGGCCAUGGGUACUCGUCCUUCUCUGGCAUCGGUUCCUGGUACGCUGAUUACCUUCCCACUGUGACUUGGGAAGGUGACAACUACAUGCUCACGCAGCAAGUUUCUCGGUAUCUGUUGAAAUCUGCCCGGAGCGUCCUCGAGGGGAAGGCAGCAAAGAACGACACGACAAGGAUUCUGAUUGAUUUCAUCCGCCGCCGUGACAUCGGCUGUGCAUUCGAUGUGAUUGGCAACGACGAAGAUCUGGUCGCGGCAUUCGCGUGGCGUGUUUCCUUCUUGACAUUUGAAGCUCUCCGCCACCGCGACGAGGAUAAGCAGUCCUGGAACUCCUUGCUUGUGGACUUCUGGCGUUUGUCUACAGCGCACGCCCAAUACAUGAUUGUCAAGAACUUCCAUGACGCAUUGCGGGAUCAAGGCACCAAGAAGCAGUUGGAUCCCGAUACGGUGAACUUGUUGCAUAAAUUAUUCCGCCUGUAUGCCUUGCAUACGCUCGAACGCGAGGCAUCCGAAUUCUACUCAUCCGCCGCCGUGACAGUGCGCCAAAUCACGCUGGCACGCACAAAGACGGUGAUGAAACUGCUCGAGGAGAUCCGCCCACAUGCUGUUCGAUUGGUCGAUGCGUGGAAAUUCCCCGACUGGCAACUUGACUCAUCCCUGGGACGGUAUGAUGGAAACGUCUACGAGGACAUGUUCCACAGAGCGAGUGAGUUGAACCCACUCAACAACGUAGUGUUUGAUCCAUACCCGGACUCGAAGACACUGUUCAAGAAAGAUGAGAGAAAGGAUUUGAGGAGCAAAUUGUGA